UACAUUGUUAUGUAGUUCAUAUUGAAAUCUCUAAAAAAGACAUGCUUAGGAACGAGGGAGUACACAUCAACUUAUAUAACACGUCAAGUCAGACUCGCCGAAGACUCAGCCGAAGACUCAGCAGUAGCAAGGCACCACCACGACACUACUUUGCCAUAGUCAGUUACCUUCAUAUAUACAUUCCAUCCAGAACACCUACCUGGGUAUCGGGUCGAAAUUGCUAGCGUAACCCGUUGCCAAUUUUAUCCCUCUUCCAUUGCACCACUCGAGCGUCGAGCGUUGGAGGCUCGGCAAUCAAUGGAUAUCCUCAUCUCUACAAUCGUAGGCGACCUCAUCAGUAGGACGGCGUCGUUCGUGAUCAGCAAAUACUUCCAGCAGCAGCCUGACAUCAACAAGAUUGUCCAAAGGCUACAGAGUGUUGUACUGAGAAUCGACAUCGUCGUCGAGGAGGCCGAGGUGCGGGACAUCACCAACCAGGGGAUGCUCCGUCAGCUCAAGAUGUUGAGGCAAGGAAUGUACAAAGGCCACUAUGUUCUCGAUGCCUUGAGAUUCCAAGCGGCCCUCGACGAGGAGAAGGUAAGCCACUCAUCAUCUGCGCUCUCUAAAUUCAGUCCAGCCAAACGGCUCCGUUUCUCUCGGACCGGCAGUGGCAGCAGCAACAGAGAAGCACUGUUGUUCGGCACAAACAACAACAUGCGAGAAGAGCUGCAACAGAUGGUUGAUACCCUUGAAGACACCGUGGCCGGUAUGAAGGAGUUUCUUUUCUUCUUGGAAUUGUAUCCUCGGAUCCUUCGCCAACCUUACGGCACAUAUUUGCUCUUGGACAAUUGCAUGUUUGGUCGCCAAACUGAACGGGAAUGGGUCCUGAAAUUCUUGUUGUGUCCCAAUGUUAUGCCAGACUUGGCUGUACUUCCAAUCAUUGGUCCAAGAAGAGUAGGGAAGAGCACCCUUGUUGAGUAUGUCUGUAGGGAUGAGAGUGUGCGUGGUCACUUCUCGAUGAUCUUGUUCUUUCCAGAAGGCAGUCUCAAGGAUGAAGGACUUAUUGACCUGAAAGGAAACAAUAUUAGUGGCCUAGUCAGACAUCAAAAUUCUGCUUCUCAAAACAGGUUGCUGAUUAUUGUUGAACUAGCUGAGGAUAUUAGUGAGGGAACAUGGAGAAGGUUGAAAUCUUCCGCAACCAGCAUGACACCACGUGGUGGGAGCAAAAUCAUAAUCACCAGUCGAUCAAAUAGAAUUGUGAAUCUGGGAACAACCGAAGCACUUCGACUGGAAUAUCUCCCGCAAGACGCUUAUUGGCACUUUUUCAAGUCGCUUGCAUUCGGGAGCACAAACCCAGAUGAGCAGCCAAAACUGGCAACGAUGGCCAUGGAGAUGGCUUUGGAGCAGAGACAGAGCUUCGCAGGCGCGCGUAUCAUUGCUGGGAUACUGCGAGAUAACUUCAAUCCUCGAUUUUGGCGCACAACUCUUGAAUGUAUAAGAGCAUAUAAACAGACAAACCUCCUUAUUUUUGAACAGCACCCAACAGUUCGUUUGCGAGACGAUGAACCGGUGUACCAUAGGAGAUCGGAGAAGAGCAGCAAACAUUUCUUGAUUUGCAACAUUUACCGGUCAGAUUCCGAGAAUGUUCCCAAGAUCAGUGUGCAGGAUAUUCUCUUAGGAUGUGGUGGUACGCUACCCUGUGGAGAAUUUGAGGCUCUUGCAUGGAGGUCUAGCAUACCGCCCUACUACAACUACACGAUAAGUUGUAAGAUGCAGGCACCACAACCUACAGUAGGAAGGAAGAAGCGUGUACAUCAGGAUGGGGAACAUUUGAUUUGAGUAGCACACUGUCUGCGACUCAUAUCAUGUAUGCUACCGCCUUCUCUUACGAAUUAGAAAAUAUCAUUACUGUCUUGUGGAGUCUUACCAAGUUAGCUAACAUAUAUGUAUGGAGUCGUCAUAUCGUUGUACAAGUGUUUGCAUGUCGAGUACAUUGUGCUUGUGUUUGGGUAAGUACUUUCAGAGUCAAGACGAAUGUUUGCAUUGUCAGUUAAGUUAGAGUCCAAGACAAGUUGUAUUUAUAGAGUUGAGUACUUGAGUCUGUAUCCUAUUGAUCUUGAUACUAUGUGUACUAUGUAAACCCAAGCCUUGUAAUAAUUCUUGAACAUGGAGAAAAGAGUAGAGAAAAGGUGCCCCAAACUUGCUCUGUUUCUCAUGUGUGUGAGUUUGAUCCUUGGGCGGAACCCAGCAAGUCUGUCAAAUGUAAUUUCUGUGGCAGAUUCUUUUCUUGCUGGGCAUAAAGAUCAGAAAGAUAAGCUGGAAUGGUAGUGGUGGUAUUACCUGGAACUCAGGGCGGUGAGGAGGCAACGAUAAAUGUAAAACUAAGUUGUUGGAUUUUGGCUAUUACCCCAUGAACUGAGCUGUGUUUUCUAUCUUUUGAUCAGCACCAAAACCUUCAUGAGCUAGACUCUUUUUCUAACAAUACAUCAAAACGUGAAGCCUUUGUGUUUCUCCGGAAA